AUGAAAGGAGACGAGAUGACGCGGUAUGUAGAUAUUAAUUUCAAGGGAUUGAAGGACAAAGUUCACUUAAAAUUGCAGUUGUCUUCGAAUAACAUCAUACUUGCAAGGGUCAAAUUUAAAAAGAAAUGUACAUUUAAAUGUGCUGUGACUUUUUAGCUAAGAUCUGUAGGAUUUUUUUUUUAGAAAUUGUCAUUCAUCAGACGAUGAAUUAAAAAUAUUGGACUGAAAUUGCCGAUUUUGUACAUAUUACAUGCUGAUUUAACUCGCGUGGACGAACCAACUGUGUGUGACAAUGGCUGGGAGUGUCAGUUUUCGCUGACUAAGUUUGAAAUUUGUUUCGUGACAAGAUUGUGAAGGCCAUGCCCUGACGAGACGUUUAUUUCACCAUCUCAUUUGGUAGUGAAAACAUACCUUGAUUUUUUUUAUUUAUGUGCCAUAUUGCUUUUUAAAGUUAGUUUAUUUUUCGGUGUACACCGUUAAAAAUUUGUUUAUAAAUACGUCCGAAGAUAGAUUAAAGUUACUGCCAAACGAAUAUAUCAUUUAAGCCGAGACAAAAAUUUCCAACCCGGAAUAUUAAUAACGGAGGAAAUCGCUGAUGCAACUAUGCAUUGGAAAUUCCUCUAUGGUUUGAUCUUCAGAUACUGAGCUCAGUAGCUGUAAUUAUAGCGAGACUGAACCAAUUGCUGUAACAAUUUAUUGUUAUUUAUAUAUUGGACAUGUUAAUUUUAGAUCCCUUGAGAGGUUUUAUUGUUUGACUUAGAAGUGCAAUAUUAAAAAUAUCCUAAUAGUGGGAAGAGUGGUGUUUAAAUUACUACCCAUCUACCACAAUUUUGUGGUAGAUGGAAGAGUAGUGUAUAAAUUACUACCCAUCUACCACAAUUUUGUGGUAGAUGGGUAGUUGUAAUUUGAAAGACAUGGUAACCUCAUGAUUUUCACAUGGGCUUGAGAGUGAAAGAUCUGCAAGGGUUUCAGGUCUUGGUUUCAAUAACUUUAAAUUUUUAAUAACCAGCCAGCAAUGUUAUAGUAGGGGGCUGUGCCUGAAAAGGGGUAGUGAGGCAAAACCCAGACACUAGUGCCUAUGCUUGCAGGUCAAAAAGAUGGCUGUCAGAGGACUCACAUGCAGCUGCUAGUAACUGUUUUUUUUAAACCCUAAUGGUUGAUGUUUGCAUGGAAUCAUUUUGUUGCAUUUGUGGGCAGAAUACUCUACUCUUGCGGUUCUUAUUCCCAAUGUGACCUCAGUUAUGCAAAGGUUAGAUAGCCCUAUCCACUGGAUAGAGAUUGAUCCCUUGGAUAGUGUUAUACAGCCCUUGAAAACAAGGUCAGGAAUAUGUCAUGCUUUUGAGAUGUGAGAUGUUCUCAUAUUCUAACUAACUAUUUGCAUGUCAAAGAAUUUCCCAAUCUAAUUAUGUACAUGAAAAAAAUUAUAGCUGAAAAUAAGUGCAUUCUCAUGUAACAUGAGUGCAAAGUUAGUUAUAACACAAGAGCAAAGUUGUAACACAAAUGCAAUUUACAAACAAUGCACACACACUUUCAAAAAUUUGUUUGUCUUGACUUUCUGUGAUGUUUUUUUUCAUCUGACAUUUUGGUGCGUGAAGAACUUCUAAAUUGUUCAAAAAACUUCAAAUUGCACUUGUCCUAUGGGCUCAUUUAAUUUUGUUGUCUUGGAAAAAAUUUACUUGUGCCUAUAUAGUAACUGCAAAUUGCACUUGAAAUCAUGUGAUUGCUUAUAUAAAUACCACCUGACUUUAUUUUCCCUUUUCUUUAAGGAUUAUUUGGGAACUCAUUAAAGAUAAACUAAUAUUUCCAUAUGUGGAGUUAGAUGUGAAGUCUUAUGACCUUUCCAUUGAGAACAGGGAUGAAACAGAUGACAAAGGUAUAUUAUUUCAUUUUAUUGAAGUUUACACUUCUCAAUCUAUCAGAACAUGCAUAUGUUUUAACUUAAAGUUUUUCUCAUGUCAAAAUAUCUUGGACUAGCCAAAUUUUUGGUGUCCUUUGUUUUAAAUACCAAAUUAUUCAAAAUUUUGGAUUAAAAAAAAAAAAAUUUGAGUCACAGCAAAAAUUUGUUAUAGGGUUUUAUGAACCCAUCAGCUCCUAGAAAUAAUGGACAUUUUGAAUCAUGCAUUAUUCACAAACAGGGAAUGGUUAGAUUGAAUCUGUUAUUUAGAGGGUGUUAAGAUCAAACCCCAGAAGUACAAAAAUUAAAAAUAUAUUUGAUUUUUAAUUAUAACAUAGCUAGUAAAUUUGUGUAAUCAAAUUCAAUUGCGCAAGUGUGCUUUAUAUUCCUAUUGUGCAUGCUCAUGAUGUCAGCAAACAAAUCCCUCGAGAAAAAAAAAUUUUCCAUCUGGUUGAAAAUGUUAUAAAACAAUUGGUUCAUACAUCAGCUGUGUGUUCAUCGAGAUAUGAAGCACUUGGGAAGUUUGGAGAGCACUCAAGCUAGAGUUGCUCUCGGUUAUGCCUCAAGCAACUCUUACGCAUCUUUUGUGCUCUCCAAACUUCCCUCGUGCCUCGUAUCUCGAUGAACACACACUGACGUAUGAACCAAUUGUUAAUUAAUGUUUAAGCUAUACAGACAUCAUAAUACAGACAUUGUAAUCCAUACAUUUAUUUUUGUUUUUAAUCCAUGUUUGCCAAAUUUGACACCAUCAAUUUAUACAACUAUACCUCUAUAUGUAGACAUAGUUAGACAUACUUACACAUGCAUCAGUUUCCCCCUUCCUGCCCUAUUAAAAAAAAUUGUAACUUAAUUUAUUUAACAAUCUGAAUUUUGAAAUUUUAUCUUAUGAAGUGAAGCUUUUCUCCUCAGUCACUGUUGAAGCUGCAGAGGCAGUAAGAAAAUACAGUGUAGGAAUAAAGUGUGCUACCAUCACUCCAGAUGAGAAACGAGUGGAAGGUGGGUAGCCUUGAUCAGAGCAUACUACACCCUUAGAGUUAAUAAGUUGGGACAUGUCUUUUUAACGCUUCUUGUGUUCCUAUCUUGCCUCUCUUUCCUGUACCAUGUUGUCAAUUUUCAGUUUGUACAUGGUACUUUAGUGACCAACUUUGAGAGGGGCCAGCAACUUUCCCAAGAAAUGAGUCUGGAAGUAUGCAAUUUUACUUGCAAUUUUUCGCUCAGUUCAGUUAAGAUGGAUUAAAAAAGAUGCUAUAGCUGUUUAAUUUUGAGUUCUUAUUUUGUACUAUCAUGCCAGUUGUUUGAAACAUAUAAGUACUUAAUAGUUAUUUUUAUUUAAUAUCUUCUGUAACCCUUUUGCCCCAAGAAUAUUUAGUACUGUUAUUCUCCUUGCAGGCUGCAACACAAUUUUUAAGAGUUUAGUUCAGAGAAUUUGAUAUUGGGUCAACAAAAAUCCCCUAAUUGAUAUUUUCCCUUUUUCUCAUUGCAUGUUUGCUGGAUACUGUAUUGAUAUUGUAACUUGGUCUUGUAACUGUCUUGGUCACCCACAGAAGCGAAGGGGUUAAAAGUACAAGCUGGGAUGAAUGUAGCAUGGUGUUUUGUUCUAAUGGAAGACAUGACAAAAGGAACAAUAUACAUGUAUUAUCUAUUAAAACAAUCUGGAAAUUCAUGGAACUGUACCCCAAUUCUCUAUUAAAAAAACAACAGCAGCUGUUAGACCAGAGGGUCAUGAGCCCCAGCUUAUAAAUACCAUUUUCAUCCUUUUUUAUGGUAAUAAUUCUGCUAUCCCUUAUUGUUGUUAUGCUUUAUCACAAACCACACAAGUGAAGAGUAAUUUUCGUACUGGCUGGCUGGCUAGUUCAGGAGUGAUUAGCAAGUUAACAAUUAACCUCUGAGUAGUGGAUAAGACAAGUUUAUGUGUGUUGAUAGUUUAAUUUCCAACAAUUUUUGUGUGGUAUAUACUAAUUAAAAACAGUUUUUCACAUCAGAGUCAGUGAAAGGGAUGGAUAUUUACUUUGCUGCCUGGCAGUUCAGUAAAUACCAUCACUAUUCACCUCCACUUGGUGAAAACAUUGUUAAUUAUUGUAAUUUUUAUUAUUAUUAUUAUUAUUAUUAUUAUUAUUAUUAUUAACAGUAAUUAUUUCAUCAAACAAAAUUCAAUCUAAAGUAUGUGGCACUCAUCUUGUUGUUAAUUUGACUUUCAGAGUUUAAUUUGAAGAAAAUGUGGAAAUCUCCCAAUGGGACAAUUGAAACAUUCUUGGUGGAACUGUCUUCAGAGAAGCAAUAA